AUGAACUACAACAUGGAAGCCAGGACAACAACAAGAGGUAGCUACGGCACCACAAACACAAGAUCCACAACGACAUCGUCAGUCACCAUGAACGGGGAGCAGAGGCCAUCGUUCGACCAAGACACGACGACCGGCUUCGCGCCGAUCAACACGGGGAAGAAUGGCGACUCCUCGGACGAGGAGCUCGAGGCCGGGGCCAUGGGUAGCUCGGCAAGAGAUACCCAGCGCGACACGAUUUUGAUCGACGAGGAGGACAGGAGGGAACUCCAGAGGAUCGCCACAUCCCUCUCACGACACCAGAGCGUGGCCAGCAACGGCCGCCCGCUCUCGACGCACAUGUCGUACGGCCAGGACAUGGCCGCGUCCAACGACCCGGCGCUGGACCCCUCGAGCAAGUCCUUCGACCUCUCCAAGUGGCUGCAGAACUUCAUGCGCGAGAUGCAGAACGAGGGCAUGGUCCUCAAGAAGAACGCCGGCGUCGCCUACAAGGACCUGACCGUCUCCGGGUCCGGCGCGGCGCUCCAGCUGCAGCAGACCGUCGGCGACUUCCUCAAGGCGCCGCUGCGGAUCGGCGAGCACUUCAGCCUCGGCAAGAAGCAGCCCAAGCGGAUCCUCAACAGCUUCGACGGCCUCCUGAACAGCGGCGAGCUCCUCAUCGUCCUCGGCCGCCCCGGCUCCGGAUGCAGCACACUGCUCAAGACCAUGACGGGCGAGCUCCAGGGCCUGACGUUGAGUGACGAGUCGGUCAUCCACUACAACGGCAUCCCGCAGAAGAAGAUGAUGAAGGAGUUCAAGGGCGAGACGGUCUACAACCAAGAGGUUGACAAGCACUUCCCCCACUUGACCGUCGGCCAGACGCUCGAGUUCGCCGCCGCCGUACGCACACCGUCGCACAGGAUCCACGGCAUGAGCCGCGAAGAACACCACAGACAGGCGGCGCAGGUCGUCAUGGCCGUGUGCGGUCUCAGCCACACCUUCAACACCAAGGUCGGCAACGACUUCGUCCGCGGCGUCUCGGGCGGCGAGCGGAAGCGCGUCAGCAUCGCCGAGAUGAUGCUCGCCGGCUCGCCCAUGUGCGCGUGGGACAACAGCACGCGCGGCCUCGACUCGGCCACGGCGCUCAAGUUCGUCCAGUCGCUGCGCCUCGCCUCCGACUUCGCCGGCAGCGCCAACGCCGUCGCCAUCUACCAGGCCAGCCAGGCCAUCUACGACCUCUUCGACAAGGCCGUCGUCCUGUACGAGGGCCGCCAGAUCUACUUCGGCCCGGCCGGCGCCGCCAAGUCCUACUUUGAGCGCAUGGGCUGGGAAUGCCCCCAGCGCCAGACGACGGGCGACUUCCUGACCUCCGUCACGAACCCCAUCGAGCGCCGCGCCCGCCCCGGCAUGGAGAACCAGGUGCCGCGCACCCCGGACGACUUCGAGGCCUACUGGCGCCAGUCGCCCGAGUUCCAGGCCCUGCGCCAGGACAUCGACCGCCACACCGAGGAGAACCCCAUCGACAACAACGGCCACGCCCUCACCGAGCUCCGCCAGAUCAAGAACGACAGGCAGGCCAAGCACGUCCGCCCCAAGUCGCCCUACCUCAUCAGCAUGGCCAUGCAGGUCCGCCUCACGACGAAGCGCGCCUACCAGCGCAUCUGGAACGACAUCUCCGCCACGGCCACCGCCUCCAUCCUCAACAUCGUCCUGGCCCUCGUCAUCGGCUCCGUCUUUUACGGCACCGAGGACGCCACCGCCGGCUUCUACUCCAAGGGCUCCGUCCUCUUCCAGGCCAUCCUCAUGAACGCCCUCACCGCCAUCUCCGAGAUCACCAGCCUGUACGACCAGCGGCCCAUCGUCGAGAAGCACGCCUCGUACGCCUUCUACCACCCGGCCUCGGAGGCCAUCGCCGGCGUCGUCGCCGACAUCCCCAUCAAGUUCGUCACCGCCACCUGCUUCAACCUGACCCUCUACUUCCUGGCCGGCCUCCGCCGCGAGCCCGCCCAGUUCUUCCUCUACUUCCUCAUCACCUACAUCUCCACCUUUGUCAUGAGCGCCGUCUUCCGCACCAUGGCCGCCAUCACCAAGACCGUCUCGCAGGCCAUGUCGCUGGCCGGCGUCCUGGUGCUCGCCCUCGUCAUCUACACCGGCUUCGUCAUCCGCGUGCCCCAGAUGGUCGACUGGUUCGGCUGGCUCCGCUGGGUCAACCCCAUCUUCUACGCCUUUGAGAUCCUCAUCGCCAACGAGUUCCACGGCCGCGAGUUCGUCUGCUCCGCCAUCAUCCCCGCCUACACGCCCCUGUCCGGCGACUCGUGGAUCUGCUCCGCCGUCGGCGCCGUCGCCGGCCAGCGCACCGUCAGCGGCGACGCCUUCAUCGAGACCAACUACCAGUACUACUACUCCCACGUCUGGCGCAACUUCGGCAUCCUCCUGGCCUUCCUUGUCUUCUUCAUGAUCAUCUACUUCGUCGCCACCGAGCUCAACUCCACCACCAGCAGCACCGCCGAGGUCCUCGUCUUCCGCCGCGGCUUUGUGCCCGCCCACCUCCAGGACGGCGGCGUCAACCGCAGCGUCACCAACGAAGAGAUGGCCGUGGCGUCCAAGGAGCAAGGGUCCGAGGCCAAGGUCAGCUCGAUGCCCGCGCAGAAGGACAUCUUCACCUGGAAGGAUGUCGUGUAUGAUAUCGAGAUCAAGGGCGAGCCUCGUCGUCUGCUAGACCACGUUGACGGUUGGGUCAAGCCUGGCACUCUCACUGCCCUCAUGGGUGUCUCCGGUGCCGGAAAGACGACUCUUCUUGACGUCCUUGCGCAGAGGACCACGAUGGGUGUCAUCACCGGUGACAUGUUUGUCAACGGCAAGCCCCUGGACGCCAGUUUCCAACGCAAGACGGGCUACGUCCAGCAGCAAGAUCUCCACAUGGCCACGGCAACCGUCCGCGAGAGUCUGCGGUUCAGCGCCAUGCUCCGCCAGCCCAAGUCCGUCAGCCGCGAGGAGAAGUACGCGUUCGUCGAGGAGGUCAUCGACAUGCUCAACAUGCGCGACUUCGCCGACGCCGUCGUCGGUGUCCCCGGCGAAGGCCUCAACGUCGAGCAGCGCAAGCUCCUGACCAUCGGCGUCGAGCUGGCCGCCAAGCCCAAGCUUCUCCUGUUCCUCGACGAGCCCACCAGCGGCCUCGACUCCCAGAGCUCCUGGGCCAUCUGCGCGUUCCUCCGCAAGCUCGCCGACUCGGGCCAGGCCGUCCUCUGCACCGUCCACCAGCCCAGCGCCAUCCUGUUCCAGCAGUUCGACCGCCUCCUGUUCCUCGCCCGCGGCGGCAAGACGGUCUACUUUGGUGAUAUCGGCGACAACUCGCGCACCCUCCUCAACUACUUCGAGUCCCACGGCGCGAGGAGCUGCGGCGACGACGAGAACCCGGCCGAGUACAUGCUCGAGAUCGUCAACAACGGCACCAACUCCAAGGGCGAGGACUGGCACAGCGUGUGGAAGUCGAGCGCGGAGCGGACCGGCGUCGAGGCCGAGAUCGAGCGCAUCCAUCUCGAGAAGCGUAACGAGCACGAGGCGGAGGAGGAGGACGCCAGCUCCCACUCCGAGUUCGCCAUGCCCUUCUCCACGCAGCUCGCCGAGGUCACCGUCCGCGUCUUCCAGCAGUACUGGCGCAUGCCCGGAUACGUAUUCGCCAAGUUCUUCCUUGGCAUCGCCGCCGGUCUCUUCAUCGGCUUCUCCUUCUGGAAGGCCGACGGCACCAUGGCCGGCAUGCAGAACGUCGUCUUCGGCGUCUUCAUGGUCAUCACCAUCUUCUCCACCAUCGUCCAGCAGAUCCAGCCGCACUUCAUCGCCCAGCGCGCCCUCUACGAGGUCCGCGAGCGGCCCAGCAAGGCCUACUCCUGGAAGGCCUUCAUGUUCGCCAGCAUCAUUGUCGAGAUCCCCUACCAGAUCUUCACCGGCAUCCUCAUCUGGGCCUGCUUCUACUACCCCAUCAUCGGCGUCCAGGGCUCCGUCCGCCAGGUCCUGGUCCUGCUGUACGCCAUCCAGCUCUUCGUCUACGCGAGCUCCUUCGCCCACAUGACCAUCGCCGCCUUCCCCGACGCCCAGACCGCCUCCGGCAUCGUCACCCUCCUCGUGCUCAUGAGCUUGACCUUCUGCGGUGUCCUGCAAGCCCCGGCCGCCCUUCCCGGCUUCUGGAUCUUCAUGUACCGCGUCUCCCCCUUCACCUACUGGGUCGCGGGCAUCGUCGGCACGCAGCUGCACGGCCGUCCCGUCACCUGCUCCGCCACCGAGACCUCCGUCUUCGACCCGCCCGCGAACCAGACCUGCGGCGAGUACCUCGCCGAUUACCUCAAGACGGCCCCCGGCCAGCUGCAAAACCCGGACGCGACGGCCCAGUGCCAGUACUGCUCUCUCAGCAACGCCGACCAGUACCUGGCCGGCAGCAACAUCUUUUACGACGAGCGGUGGCGCAACUUCGGCAUCGUCUGGGCUUUUAUCUUCUUCAACAUUUUCAUUGCUGUCAUUUCCUACUACCUCGUCCGUGUUAAGAAGUGGAAUACGGGCGCGUCCAAGAAGACCAAGGAGUCCAAGGGAAAGGGUGCCGGCGCUCAGUAA